AUGUCGAUCUACAUGGACUAUGUACCCGGCCUCACCCCGGCGUGCGAGAUCCCCCACCCAGUCCCUAUACGCAUCCUUCACUCUUAUUCCUCAGUUCGCAUGCACCGCCUCUACCAAGAUAUCAAAAAUUGCUUGCUAUUGGGAUGCUAUGGUCUCAACUCCCCCUACAGUAUGGAACGGACGCAGGGCAGAAUACGGCAGCUCACGGGUCUCGGGCCCCCUCUUAGAAUGCCUUCCGUCGCCACCCUCCCCCCUGUGGUGAGUUAUGUCGAUGUUCCGGUCGGUGGUCCUGUCGGAUACGUACCGGUGAGGGGAAGGAAUUAUGGAAGGCAACCUGAACGCGAGAACUCUUCGAGUAGUGACUCGGGCAGUGAGAGGAGGAGGUCGCCCAGGAGGAUUACGGUCGACGGAGGGAGGAAUAGGAGAAUCGAGGACCGAAGGAGGAGCAGCAGGAGCAAUGAGAGAGAUUCGAGUGAUGGUGAUCGAAGGAGACGCCGCGGAGACAGGCGAAGCGCUCCUUCUCGUUCCCGCUCGCGGAGUCGGGAUCAUGGGCAUCGUCACUCAAGAAGGCACCAUUCUGCUUCGCGCUCAAGGUCGCAGUCUGAAGAGCGAUCACACCAUCGCUCGACGAGGGAUCGAUCGCAUGGUCGCUCGCGAUCGCACUCACGGUAG